UCACUUGACUUUCAGACAGCCUCUGGUGAAGUUCGUGGACGACAGCUCGGAAAAAAAAAAUCUGUCGCUGGGAAAAUAUUCCUCGUGAGAGAACUUAUAUUGUGAUUCACCUGGUGAAGGAUUUACUAUUUUACUGCCCCCACUAUGAGCACUGGUGAGGAAUCCUCCGCUGGUAAGGGGGGACAAUAUAAAGAGUAUGGAUACACACCAGUUGCCACGAAACCUCUGCCAACAUCAACGGAUUCUACUCUCGAUCCCGAGGAGAAUCAGGAGAUCGAGGAUCGGGUUGUUUUCACUCGGGCUCCCCAAGUGCCAGAGACAAUGGUCGAGGAAAGUGGAUCCAAGUCGUAUCAGUUUGUGGCUGCUAUCGCUGCGAAUUUAUGUAUCAUCGCGGGCGGCGCUGUCCUGGGAUGGACGAGCCCAGUCCUGGGGAAUCUGAAGGCCAAUGUGACGGACCCUGACCUGAGCCCCCUCGACGAGAAAAUUACUGACGAGGAGGGAUCGUGGAUCGGAUCAUUGACACCUGUGGGUGCUCUAGUCGGAAGUUUUGCCGCGGGUUAUCUCGCCGAAACGAUCGGGAGGAAGCAGACACUGCUGUCGACAAUAAUACCUUUUGGCGUCAGCUGGGUGCUGAUUGCGACGGCAACGAGCGUCGGAAUGCUGUAUGCGGCACGUUUCAUCGGCGGCCUGGCGAUAGCCUUCGCCUUCACCGUGGUGCCGAUGUACGCCGGUGAAAUAGCUGAGCCAUCGAUCCGGGGAAUUCUCGGAUCAUUUCUGCAGGUGUUCAUCACAGUUGGACUCCUGUGGGCGUACUGCAUCGGCCCCUACGUCACUUACACUGUCUUCUGGAUCACCUGCAUGAUCCUUCCCGUGGUGUUCUUCAUCGUGUUCUUCUUCAUGCCAGAGUCCCCGUACUUCCUGUCGGCGAGGGGAAAGCACUCCGAGGUCAUCACCGCCCUCGCUAAACUCCGGGGGAAGAGCACUGAUGCUGUCAAGGCCGAGGCCGACGAGAUCAAGGCAUCCGUGGAGGAGGCAUUCAAAAAUGAAACAUCAAUUAUGGAUCUCUAUCGCGUGAAAAGCAAUUUCAGAGCGCUUAUCUACACAAGUGCACUGGUUACAUUCCAACAAAUGACGGGUAUCAACGUUGUCCUGUUUUAUUCGCAAACGAUUUUCGAUGCAACAAAGCCCGCUGACGAUCCCGACAGCGGUCUCGCCCCAUCUGUAUCGACAAUUAUCGUCGGGGUCGUGCAGAUUGGCGCCUCAUGUGUAACACCACUCGUCGUUGAUCGUUUGGGAAGGAAAAUUUUGCUUAUUUUUUCGGGAGUUGGAGAAACCGUCAGUUUAAUCGCGUUAGGAUUGUUCUUUUAUCUGAAAAAACAAGCUGAGGAGAACAACGAGGACAUCAGCUCCCUGGGCUGGCUACCAGUGACAUCCCUGAUGAUCUUCAUCGCGACGUACUGCGUCGGCUGGGGCCCCCUCCCCUGGGCAGUGAUGGGGGAGAUGUUCGCCUCAGAUGUCAAGGCCAAAGCCUCCGGCAUCACAGUGUUCGUCUGCUGGACACUAGCAUUUUUAAUAACAAAAUUCUUCAGCAACGUCGAGGCCGCCUUUGGCAUGUACACAGCCUUCUGGCUCUUCGCCGUGUUCUGCGUCUUGAGUAUAUUGUUUACAAUAUUUAUUCUCCCCGAGACUAAGGGUAAGUCACUCCAGCAGAUCCAGGAGGAACUGGGAGGAGGAUCCGGAGCUCGGGCUCGUCAUUCGAACGGCAGUGACGCGCGGAGGGAAAAACACUCGCCUUGAUGAGAUAACAACGCCAUUGAUAACAAAUUGGGGUUUUGCAUGAGAUUUUUCUAGCCUACUUUUCAAUUCAGUUUUUUUAAAAAUCAUGCAACAGCUCAAUUGUUCAUUAUCUUCGAUGAGCCAUUGUCUAGUCGUAAUUUUCACUCUAAUGAGCCAGAUUUGUAAAUAACUAUGUACAGAUUAUUAACAUCAACUGUUUGUUUGCUUUAAAACUGAAAAAAUAUUGUUCUUAUCUGCCUCUUAAGGCAAAAAAAAUUAUUGGAGUGAUAUUACAUGUGUUCACGACAAAUGAAUGAAGAUUGGAGACACAAACGAAUUUUUUACGAUUGUGAAUUGAUCAAAAAUUCUUUAGAUUAUAAUUCCAGUGAGUGGUUGUUACCUUUCACAAUUGUUACAUGAUUUAAACUAAACAAUAAACUCAUUUAUUGAUGCUAUGUCUAAUAAAUGAAUGAGGAUAUAAUAGUGUGUGUAAAUCACUGAAUAAAUCAGAACAAAUUGCAA